CUGAUCAGUCUGGUCACUGGCAGGCAGAGUCUUCAGGACAGGACACAACUAGGUAGAGCUGGUCAGGCAGAGAGAGACUCCGGAGGGGAAAAAAAGUAGGCAAUGUUGCAGCUAGGCUUCAGUUUGUGCACUUCUAGGGAAGGCGACUGAGAUAUUAGAAGGUUUUAGGUGUUUUCUUUCCUGACUGAAAGGUUGAGGUAGCCCCCACAGCCGCAGUAUUUUUGGAUCUCUUCAGAGAGGUACACAAAAAUGUCUUCUCCAAGUCCGGGCAAGAGGCGAAUGGAUACCGACGUGGUGAAACUCAUUGAGAGCAAACAUGAAGUGACCAUCCUGAGUGGACUGAAUGAGUUUGUGGUCAAGUUUCACGGACCACCUGGAACACCAUACGAAGGGGGCGUGUGGAAGGUUCGGGUGGAUUUGCCAGAUAAAUACCCCUUCAAAUCUCCAUCAAUAGGGUUCAUGAAUAAAAUCUUUCACCCUAACAUCGAUGAAGCGUCAGGGACGGUGUGUUUAGAUGUCAUCAACCAGACGUGGACAGCCCUGUAUGACCUCACCAACAUCUUCGAGUCCUUCCUCCCUCAGCUGCUCGCCUACCCCAAUCCCAUCGAUCCUCUGAAUGGGGAUGCCGCCGCCAUGUACCUGCACCGGCCAGAAGACUACAAACACAAGAUCAAAGAGUACAUCCAGAAGUACGCCACAGAGGAGGCUCUAAAGGAGCAGGAGGAGGGCCGGGGCGACUCCUCUUCUGAGAGCUCCAUGUCAGACUUUUCGGAGGACGAGGCUCAGGAUAUGGAGUUGUAGUGAAGGGGGAGCAGCCUUCACCCCACAACAGACUGUCCUUUCCUAAAGAGCAGAAACUCAGUACUCUAUUCAUAUUUAAACAAGACUAUUUUUUACAGCAAAACAAGGAUUUUUAUUGCUACACAAGGGUUUGCAGUAUGACAACAAAAAAAAAAAAAAAGAGAAAAAGAUCUCAUAUUUUGGGGAAUUCAUCACGACCUACCUGUCUCCCUCCUCUUCAUCACACAAACCAGUUUGUUUCAGAAUGGCCUCACUAGCCGAGGGAUUUCUCACCGUUUGACAGACGCUGGACUGAACCGUGACACCGGCAGAGGAAGAAAGGGGAGCCGUCCACGCUGCCUCGCCGUCACCUUCCGCCGUUUUCUUCGACCAUGAUGAUCCAUCAUCGUUUUACACUGCCGCCAUUACAAUCUUUUUUCUUUAGAUGCACUCGUGUGUUCAGUGUACAGACCGCUCUCAAUGCAAUCCUGCAGAAGCAUUGCACACAAUCAGAUCCCAUCGGCCAUGACAAGUCACACAAAUGCCCUUGAGUGUGUGUGAGAGUGUGUGUGUGUGUGUGUGAGUAGGCGAACGCUUGGACGCCGUCCACGGAUAACCUGCAUCGCCCUGGCCUCUGAUGCUCAGCAGAAAUCAGGAGAGAGGUUUAUGAUCCUGAUCCCUUUGCUCUCCGGCAGCAGCCUCUUCCUCCACCUCCUCCCCCCUCUCCGUUUUAGGAAAGUGUUUGCCAUCCUCUGAGUAUCUUUGUGUUUCGUGGCAUGACACAGAAGUUUUUAGUUGGCGUUCGUAGAGCUGUGUUGCUGUGGGCAUGAAGACGACGCUCGUUUCUCAGGCCGGGUUCAGUGGGAAUCGCCGUUCUUUACUUUGCCUAUUGCUUUUGUUGAACUGUAAUAGGUGUCUGACUUGCGUAGGGAUAGUUAGUUUCUUUGCGGGUGGUGUGUCCUGUCAUAAUGUAUGGUUUAAUACUUCUAUAAUACACAGGUUUGAAAACCAUCUCUAAAGAUGAGGAAAUUGACUUAUUUAAUCAGCUGUCGGAUGAUUCCGUUGAAUCUAAUCCUCUUUGCACCCCUGCUCCUCUGACCUUCUUUUAUAUUUAAACUUGACUUUAUUAUAGGAACUCUUUUUUUUCUUCAGAACAACUCAACAGAAUUGAAUUUAUUUUGCUCUACUUUCCAAAAAACAAAUAACUUGGGACCAAAAUAUGACAAACGUGUACAUUUAAUUUCCCUUCAUAUAUUUAUUCGUAAAGAGUACAAAUUAUUGAAAAUCAAACUAUCUGGAUCUUUCCUUCAGAGGACAUUCGGAAAAGCUUUUUUUUCCCCCUUUUGGUUACAGUGAUAAAUGUGUUGGCAAAGCUGUGACAGUUUAUUGUUCAGCGAUGGAACAUCGGUUUGAUUUUUUUGCAAGCUGAAAGCUGUGAAAGUUGUAUCAGAAUCAGAAAAGGGCAUUUCUUCAAACAGAUUCGGAGAGGAUGAAAAUGCAAUUUAGCUUUUUCUUUUUUUUUCUAUGACAUUUAUGUUCCCAUUAUGUUACAGUUUUCAGAUGCAAACAAAAGCAAAUCGCUGUUCAGUCUCCUCAUUUUCUGGAAUCACUGUUGUGUAUUUUAGAUGCAGCACACAUAUUCAAUUUUCAAUGCCUAUAAUUUGUCUUUUUUUAAAAUCUUUUAUUCUACGCCCACAUACAGGAUACAGAUCGAGAUAUCACAUUUUUUUAAAGGCCAAAAAAGAAAAAAGAAAAAGAACCGUCAAUAAAUGUGCUUCCCUUGUAACUUGAAAAAAUAAAUAAAAAAGUAAGCAUUA